GACAGCUGGCAGGAGGCAGCCUGGUGGACACGGCUGCUUCAGUGAGUACCAGAGGGGCACCUGGCAGUGCUACCGCCCUGGGGUGGCGUGGGCCCCGAGGGACCGGCCGGGGCCUCCAGGGGGACCUCCUGGCCAACCGAGCCUCCUCUGGGCCCAGCACCCCACCCCAGCAUGGUCCAGGCCUGUGGCAGCAGCGCUCCAAAACACAGCCAGCAACCUCGCCGUGGGGGGCAGUCAUGACCCAGCCUCUGCCGGCCAAAGCACCUGCCAAGAGGCAUGUGCGGCUGCAGGAAAGGCGGGGCUCCAACGUGGCUCUGAUGCUGGACGUCCGGUCGCUGGGGGCCGUGGAGCCCAUCUGCUCGGUGAGCACCCCGCGGGAGGUCACCCUGCACUUCCUGCGCACAGCUGGACACCCCCUGACCCGGUGGGCUCUGCAGCACCAGCCGCCCAGCCCCCAGCAGCUGGAGGAGGAAUUCUUGAAGAUUCCCUCCAACUUUGUCAGCCCCGAGGACCUGGACAUCCCUGGGCAUGCCUCCAAGGACCGCUACAGGACCAUCUUGCCAAAUCCACAGAGCCGUGUCUGCCUGGGCCGGGCACAGAGCCAGGAGGAUGGAGACUACAUCAAUGCCAACUACAUCCGAGGCUAUGGCGGGCAGGAGAAGGUCUACAUCGCCACCCAGGGCCCCAUGCCCAACACUGUGGCCGACUUCUGGGAGAUGGUGUGGCAAGAAGAGGUGCCCCUCAUCGUCAUGCUCACACAGCUCCGGGAGAGCAAGGAGAAAUGCGUGCACUACUGGCCCACAGACGAGGAGACCUACGGGCCCUUCCGGGUCAGCCUCCGGGACAAGAAGGAGUGUGCAGAGUACACCGUGCGGCAGCUCACCAUCCAGCACCAGGAUGAGCGCCGAUCAGUCAAGCAUGUCCUCUUCUCAGCCUGGCCUGACCACCAGACCCCUGACUCAGCCGCGCCCCUGCUCCGCCUGGUGGCCGAGGUGGAGGAUGGCCCUGAGACAGCCGCCAAGGCAGGGCCCAUUGUGGUCCACUGCAGUGCAGGGAUUGGCCGGACUGGCUGUUUCAUUGCCACUCGCAUUGGCUGCCAACAACUGAAGGCCCGAGGAGAAGUGGACAUUCUGGGCAUUGUGUGCCAACUGCGCCUAGACAGAGGGGGGAUGAUCCAGACCGUGGAGCAGUACCAGUUCCUGCAUCACACUCUGGCCCUGUACGCCGCCCAGCUGCCCGAGGAGCCCAGCACCUGACCCCUGCUGCCCUCGGGCCUCCAGGCGCCUGCUGUCCCCUGGGCCUGGGGAAGGAGCUGUGGGGGAAGUGGGCUGCGUGAUCCGGAGACAGCCCAGGCCGGCACAGGGACAAUGCCUCCCCGGUGAGUGCUUGGCUCACGGGGGAAAUGCAUCCGCAAGGAUGAGGGGCCAGGCUGCAGCGGCUUUCCUCUGCUUCCCUCUGGCGGCCCCAAACCCAUAAUAAUGAACUUGACGCCCGGAGCUGGCACUCGGGACAGACUCCACAGCCCGCCGUCCCUGGCUGCUCCAGGGACGGAGCGAGCUUCGGUUUCCUCGCCCAUGACAUGGGCCCUAAGUGCUGUUGCCAUUAAGGAGAGCGACCAGAGAAGCUCCCAGAAGCCUUCCUGGCUGCACCUCUUCCCAGAGCUCCUCCCCUCCCCCACCCGGGGCCCUGCCCAAAUGCAGGCCAGGAGCAAGCUCUGGGAGAGUCAGGUCCUGACCUCAAAUUCUCAGUGGCUCAGUGCGGCUCUCUGCUCUCCGGGACCCAGGUUCCCCUGUGUCCACCCUUGUGUCAAGGGAGCAGGUGCAGAGGCGACUGGGCCUGGCCGUUGAAAUCUCUGCAAGAGGGAAAACGUGGGGACCACCGGGGGCCACCGGGGCUGCCCAGGCCUCCUCGACCGCCGGCCAUUCCCCUCCGCUCUCUAGGGAGGCCCAGCACCAUCCAUGCUGCUUCCAUGACCUCAGGAGAUACUGGGGGUAUCCAGGGAGGAUGAAAGCAGGGGGAGAAGACGGAGAACCCAGUGUGGUUUCCGAUGAGCUCUGCAGGGCCCACCCGCACAGGCCCAUGACCACCCCCCACCCAGAGACUCACACCCCUCGCCCGCCUCCCACGGACACAAUGUCCAGGGCACCCCAGAUCCAUCUCAAACCACACCCCCCAGGAAAGCAGCCACACCCCUCGCCCUCCUUGAAUCCCAGCCGCGCUGCCCAUGAGGGUGAAAGCAGGGCACCACCUCUCCUGCCAGUCAGCCCCAGGACGCUGCCUGCACAGGGGCCCAGAGGACAGCCCGGCCCGCUGUCACCUGCAGAACACAGGUGCUAACAUGGACCUCACCUCGGCGCUGCCGCCUGGCCUCAUUGAGGACUUGGUGCCUCUGUCCUGGGAGCCCCAGGGGCGCAGCUCACCCGCUGUCGCUGGCUGUCGCGCUGCCGGAGGUGGGUGGAAGGCUCCCGGGUGCCUGGUCCAGCCCUGCGUGCAGACCCCAGCUGCGGAGCCCACCCACUCCCCUCCCCGCUCCCCAGCUCAGAGCACACAGCUCUGACAAAGCAACCAACAGGAAAAUAAAGGCUUCCGGAUGGAGA